UGUGGGUGCAGCAUCCCGUAAAACCAGAUCCCUCGGAGCGGGGAAGGCCAGGAAGGCCCGGCUCAGCUGCUGGUCCCGCCUCGGAUUUCAUCCACCCCUCGAUUCCGGAGCUGCAUUGUGCCCGGUUUUCCUCACAGACACUUUGUGAGGCACUGCAGCCCCAGCUAAAACAUUGGGGGUUGGGAGUAAAAAUAACCGGGAAUGAUCCGCUCCUUGGGAGCACAGCGAUCAACGCCAAGCUGGCACUGCACAAGUCCCACCCCAAUCGCAAACAAGCCCUUUAAAAGCGGCGGCCCGGCGCUGGAACGGGCGUGGGGAGGAAGUGUGACUCAUGUGCCACCCGGCGCCCCGGCGGAACCGGGCGGGCGGCCGGGCAGGAAUGCGGGAAUGCGGGAAUGCGGGAAUGCGGCGGGAGGGGAGCGGCCACCGGGCACCCCGAGGCUCUUCCUGUGGCAGCAGAUGCUCGCAGAGGGGACGCAGCUCGGGCUCGUCCCUGCCUGUCCUUCCCGCGGGGACCCGCUGCUGUCUGCGGUUCCAGCUGCCAGGGAUGAUGGACAGAUGUCAGUCAGGGCCGAGACAGACAGCAAAAACUGUCCCGAGCCUCCCAACCCUUCAGCUCUCAGCCCGGAGAGAUCCCGAGCUAAUUCCUCGCUGACAGCAGUGGCACAGGGCUGGGGAGAAGCUUAGCUCCUCUCAGAGGCUGCUGCACCUCCACAAAAGUCGCAUUUGAAGAGCAUUAAUACGAGAUUAAUCGAGGUUUUAAUAAACAGCGAGUGGA